AUGCAGGGCGGGAAGAGCUCGAGCGCGGUGGGCGCGGCCAAGGAGGCGGUGGCGAACGUGGGCACGUCGGCGUGGGCGAGCAAGGAGAAGACCAUGGCCGUGGUGCAGGAGACGGUGAACAAGGCCAAGGCGCACGACCCGGCGGCCAAGGCCGAGGCGGAGGCCAGGAAGCAGGAGCGGAUCCACGAGGCGGAGGCCGCCAAGCGGGACGCCAUGCGCCACAACGCCGCCGCCAAGGAGCACGCCACCGCCGCGUCCUACCACCCCACCACCGGCGCCGGAGUGGACGCCCGCGACGUCGAGGUGGAGGGCGCGGCCGCCCCGCGCGCGGGGAGCAGCGACGACGGCUACCUGCCGGUGUCGGGGGCGGGGCACUGGGUCGGCGAGGGCGGCGGUCACCAGCUGCCCGCGCGCGGCACGCCCGGCGGCCACUCUGCGUGA